CUCCGCUGCCGCAGCGCUCCCCGCCGCAGCCGUGACUCAGCCCCGGGAUUAGUCAGCACCGGGGACGGCCCACCGGUACCGGCUGCGCACUGCCUCCCCCGGAGCCGCCGCUGCCGCCCCCACGGGGACCGAGGGCCGCUUUUCACCCCUCGCCCACCCCUCCCACGGUCCCCCGUUUGGGAACCUGUCGGGACGAAAAGCGGCCCCCGGUCCCCGAGGGGGCGGCGGUGGGGGGGGCGGGAGGGGGGGGGGGUGUUGUGUCCCGGAGCGCAGCCCGUUGCUGCCAUCUAGUGGGGUUUGAGGCAGCCCAUCCGCAGCCCCUCCGUCCUAUAAGCGUCCCGUAGUGGAAGGGGUGGUGGUGGAAGAGGGGUUUCGGGUCGCCCGUGGGGUCUGAAGCUCUUCCCGACAUGGAAAGGCGAUCCCAGCCCCCACCGAGCUGCUGGAAGUGUUCCUCACCCAAUCGAGCGUCGUCCUGCAAUGUGUCCUAUUGUCCUACGGAGCAUCAACCCGAAGGGAUAGGGUCCCAUCAUCAUCAUCCCAAAGGAAUCGGUCCCAUCACCCCACCAAGCACCAUCCCAAAGGGAUGCAGUACCAUCACCAUUGUCCCAAAGGGAUGGAGUCCCAUCAUCCCACCAAGCACCAUCCCAAAGGGUCCCAUCAUCCUGUCAUACGUCGUCCCAAAGGGAUGGGAUCCCAUCACCAUUUUCCCAGAAGGAUGGAGUCCCAUCACCUCACCAAACGUCACGCUAAAGGAAUGGGGUCCCCUGCCUGAGGGUCAUCCUGAAGGCAUCCUGUCACCCCACUGAGCAUCACCCCGUGAGGAAGGGCUCUUACUGAUCCAUUAAACAUCACUUGGCAGAGAGCGUUCUGCUUGUAUGGGUGAGCAUCGCCCCACACUGAAAGGGAACCCACUGCCCCAUCAAGUGUCACCCCACAAAGAAAAGGGUCCCAUCUCCCCACCCAGGCGAUGGGAACCUCCUGAAGGUCAACAAGGAGCUGUGCAGAGCCCUGUGCUGGGAACUCUGGGCACGGGGUGUGGGAUACAGCCUGGCAGCCCAUGGGGUCCUGGUGGGCAAUGGAGGGUGACGGUGUCCUGGUGGGAGCCCAUGAGGACCCAGGGGCUGUGGGGUGUCCUCCAUGGGGAUCUGGAUGUGGUGCUGGGCACCGGCUCUGGGGGGGGGCAUUGUGGGACAGGGUGGGACCAGAGGGACCUCCAACCUCAGCUGUCGUGGGAUUCUGCCCCUCGUUCACCUGAGCAUCACCCCACAGGAAGGGGUCUCACAGGACACUGCCUCCCGGGGGAGGAACCCCUCACCUGUCUGCGCAGGGGACCCAGGGAGGGGUCCCCCAACCCACCCCACAGGGAAGGGGCUCCAUCACUUUCCAUGGCAUUGCCCCACAAGGAAGGAAUCCCACUGCCCCACAAAGCAUCACCCCACAGAGAAGAGCCCUUCACCCAUCCCAGCACCGCCCCACGGUUCGGGUUUCCCCUCUCCCACCCUGCCCCAAUGGGGCCGUGCAGCGCACGGCGCAGCCCCUGACCCCAAAACAGGAGCCCGUGGUACUGGGGGGCACCUGGCAUUGCUCAGCACAGGCACGCAGGGUAACCCCACAGCCCACAGCCAACCAUAGGGCAGCUCACUGCCGUCACGAGUUUCACGGCCUCAGCUCAGCGAUGCCGGUGCACGAAUGGGACCGAGUGCCACCGUGUCGGGAGGGGACUCAGCCCCUGUAAAGGGGCCACACAGGGGCUGUGGGGGCUGCCGUGCCCCCGGCACCGCCGGGAAAAUGAAGUGCGAGCUGCCAGCGGGGCUCCAGGCUCCUGGCGGUGCCGGAUGCGGCCCGGCUGGCCAACGCCGUAAUCGAACACAUGUGUGUGGGCUUCGGGGAGAGGCUGCGCUGGGAAACGGGGCCCUGCGGAGACCGGGGGGCUGCAUCCUGUCCAACAGCCCAGGUCCCACAUGAAGCCAGGCGUGCGAGCGCGAUCCAAACCACAGCUGGAUUUGAACCCAAUCUCCCGGCAUCUGGGCUAAUUUGCUGCGCCGUGAUUGAUCGUGGGGAGGGGGCACAGGCGGGAGACGCUCCAGCUCAGACCUCCCAACAGAGCCAAUGACUUAAGCAGAGCUGUUUCCAAUCUGCGCCGCACAUUGAGGCGAAAAUGCCCCCAUUUUUUUUUCUCUUUUUUUGUUUCUUUUUUGGGUUGUUUUUCCUUUUCCUUCUCUUCCUGAGCACUCCUGUUCACCAGCUCUGCCUGCGGCGUUACAGGGCAAAGGGACGGCUCCGGUCUGAGAUGUCGGGGCCGCGGGGCUGAGCUCACCCCCUCCACCUGCCCAGCCUUUGGGCUGCGAGCAAAAGGUGGAGGAGUCGGAGGUGUUUCCCCCCCCUUCCCCGCCGGGCUCAGUCACUCAGCAGGUAGCGGGGGCAGCCCGGGGUCCCGGGGAGGGGGUUGAGGGGGGGGAGGGGGGGCGGGCAGCUGUCGGGGAGCCGCUGUGAUUGAUGCAGCACGGCCCCAUAAAUUAUGCGGACGCAGCCCGCGGGAGUCAUCGCUCACAGCGACGUCCAGAGCUCCCUGCCAGAACCUGAAACACUUCCAGCCGUUAAUUGAACAGGAAAAAUAGAUGUAUAUGCAUAUAGAUAUAUAUAUAUAAAGAGAGAAGGGUUGGGGGAAAUCAGUGCCCGGGGGGGGAUGAAGUCAGUGCUCCGCAGCGAGGGUCAGCACUCGCUCCGCUCCCAGGAUCCCGAUGUCGCCGGGGUUGGGUUUGGGGCUGCUCGGUGCCACUCCGCCGCGGCCAAAAUCCUCCGGAGACGCCCCGUAGGGAGCAGUGGGAGGGCCGGCACUGCGCCAGCUCGUGCUCAAUGGGGUUUGGGGGGAGACCCCCGCGGUCGGGCGGGCGGACGGGCGACCUUUGGGGUGCCGUGCCCGGCUGCGGGGCGACCCCCCGGGCGGAGAUGCCCGAUGCAGUGCCGCCCUCCGGGGUUACCCAAAUGGCCGCGGCCGUGAGAAAGGAGAAGCGAAAGCACGAAGCUCUCCCCGCCUCGCUAGGAGCCGGGGGCCACGUCGCUGCGUCCCCCCGGGGCCGCCUUUCCUUCCCAGCCGCUCCCCUCUCCUCCUCCUCCUCCUCCUCCAAAAAAAAAAACCCCAACGCAAACCAAACCCAUCGACCUCUACUCCCAUUCCCACCACCUCCGCGGGACGCCCCGUCGGGGGAACCGCGCACCUGCACGGGGAGGAGCUCUUCCCCCCCCCCCCCCCCCCUCCCCUCCCUUCCCUUCCCCUCCCACCCCAAAACCCCGACGGCGGGGGCGGAGCGCAGCGGGCGCCGCUAGAUGGAGCCCGACGAGCGGUACCGGGCAGCGGCCGCGGAGGCGGCGGAGGAGACGGGGCGCUGCGGGGGCGGCGGGCGCGCGGCGCGAUGCUGGAGGCCAUGGAGGUGCCGAGCCACUCGCGGCAGCUGCUGCUGCAGCUGAACACGCAGCGCACGAAGGGUUUCCUGUGCGACGUGAUCAUCGUGGUGCAGAACGCGCUCUUCCGCGCUCACAAGAACAUCCUGGCGGCCAGCAGCGCCUACCUCAAGUCGUUGGUGGUGCACGACAACCUGCUCAACCUGGACCACGAGAUGGUGAGCCCCGGCAUCUUCCGCCUCAUCCUCGACUUCAUCUACACCGGGCGUUUGGGUGAAUGCGAGCCGGGCGGCGAGCAGAGCUUGGGGGCUGUGCUGGCAGCCGCCAGCUACCUGCAGAUCCCCGGCUUGGUGGCACUGUGCAAGAAGAAGCUGAAGCGCAGCGGGAAGUACUGCCACCUGCGCGGGGGGUAUGCGCCCUACAAGCUGGGCCGGGGGCUGCGUGCCACCACGCCGGUCAUCCAGGCUUGCUACUCGGGGACACCGCGACCCGUCGAUUUGCAGCCCGUGGAGCCGGCGGCCCCGCUCAACACGCAGUGCGGGGAGCUCUACGCCUCGGCCUCGCAGGGCACCCCGCUGCACCCCCACGGGCUGUGCCCCCCUGAGCGGCACUGCUCGCCGCCGUGCGGCCUCGACCUCUCCAAGAAGAGCCCCACCGGCCCCUCCGCCCAGCUGCUGCCCACCGACCGCCUGCUGCCCGCAGAGCCCCGCGAGCCCUCCUUGCCCCCGCGGCACGACAGCCCCCCGGUGAGCGGGGGGCUCCUGGCCGGCCACCCCGCCGCCUACAAGGACUCGCCACCGGGCGGGGAACCGGGGGGACACCCCCACGCCACCGACCCGUUCCGCAGCACGCCGCCCUGCGCCGAGCCCCCCCUGCCCCGCGGCGAUGGGCGCGAGCUGAUGUACCGCUGGAUGAAGCACGAGCCGCUGGGGCCCUACCUGGACGAAGGGGAGGCGGAGAAGGAGCUGGAGAGGGAGGAAAAAGCCGAAUCGCCGCCCGCCGCCCCGCAGCCGCGCUAUCCCAGCGUGGAAAGCAACGACCUGGAGCCCGACAACAGCACCAGCGAGGAGACGGGCAGCAGCGAGGGGCCGUCGCCCGGCGACGCGUUGGACCGCUACUGCAACCACCUGGGCUACGAGCCCGAGAGCCUGGGCGACAACCUGUACGUCUGCAUCCCCUGCGGGAAGGGCUUCCCCAGCUCCGAGCAGCUCAACGCGCACGUGGAGGCCCACAACGAAGAGGAGCUGUACCACAAAGCGGCGGCCGAGCAGGCCGUGCCCUUCUUGGAUAAGGGCGGCGCAGGGCUGGGGGACAUCCUGCGGCCGUACCGCUGCUCGUCCUGCGACAAGUCCUACAAGGACCCGGCCACGCUGCGGCAGCACGAGAAGACGCACUGGCUGACGCGGCCCUACCCCUGCACCAUCUGCGGGAAGAAGUUCACGCAGCGCGGCACCAUGACCCGCCACAUGCGCAGCCACCUCGGCCUCAAGCCCUUCGCCUGCGACGCCUGCGGGAUGCGCUUCACCCGGCAGUACCGCCUGACCGAGCACAUGCGCAUCCACUCCGGGGAAAAGCCCUACGAGUGCCAGGUGUGCGGCGGCAAGUUUGCCCAACAGCGCAACCUCAUCAGCCACAUGAAGAUGCACGCGGCCGGCCCCGACGGCAAAGCCAAGCUGGACUUCCCCGACAGCGUCUACGCCAUGGCGCGGCUCACCGCCGACCAGCUGGGGCUCAAGCAGGAGAAGGCGGCCGAGCUGCUGUCCCACACCUCACACUUCCUCAGCGACCCCAAGGCCAUGGAGAGCCUUUACCCGUUGGCCAAGUUCACGGCCGAGCACCUGGGGCUGAGCCAGGACAAAGCGGCCGAGGUGUUGGCGCAGGCUCCGCACCUCCACGCCGACGCCGCACGGACCAUAGAGCGCUACUCGCCCCCGUAGCGCCCGCCGGGGGGUGGCCCUGGGGCUCCCCGUGCCUCUCCAGGGCGGGGAUGGAGGUGGCGGGCGCUCGGCCCCGGAGAACUCGCUCAGAGCGGAGGGUCCCAUGAGAGCUGCCCCGGGCUGGCUGGGUGGCGCGUCCCGCCACGAGCGGUGGGGAGAAGCCGAUAUUCAGGGACUGACCUCCCGGCUCGCCCCGCUGCGCCGCCAGCCCGAGCCCUGAGGCUUUGGAGGACAUGAGCCCGCUCCUUACCUCGGGGAUGUCCCCAUCUCCGCCCGCCCCACGGUGGGACCCAACGGAGCUCAGCUCUGCUGUGAUGGAACCCAGACUGUGCCGCCAUCACUGCCGCGGGGCCGUGAGUAGUUCGUCCAUCGCGGCCGCGGCGAAGGGCCUCCUCCUCCCCGGGGCUGUGCUGGGAGCUCGGGGACAGACUGACGGAGAAGGCUCACACGGGGUUUUGGUGGGGGUGAGGGAUGGUGACCGGGGAAACGCGAUGCUCCUCGGCGUGGAGCAGCACUGAGCUCCCGGCCUCAGCCCUCAGCCGCCAGUGUUUUCGGGAGGUGGGGCAGGGCCUUGUCACAGACUGAGCCCCUGCACCCUGCCCCACAGCGCUCGCCAUCAGGGAUGCCUGGGGCCCCGUGGGGUGGAGGGACCCCUGGGAGCCGCCGUCCUGUGGGGUGGCUGUGCCCUCGGGCCCACCUCUUUUAUUGCCAAAGGUCCCCAUCCCCAGCACAGCUGGGUCGGGUCGGGUCGGGGGGAGCCUCGGGACGGGAGUUUAUGACAAAGACAAAGCGGUUGGGUUUGUCAGCUACGCGGACGUGGGCAGUGGAGGCGCGGGGCCGCGGGAAGGGGCUGGGAGCAGCGCUGGGGAUAACUGAGCCCCCGGGCUGGGCUGCAAUGACAGCGGGUCGAGCCCCCAAGGGGCACCCCUGGCACCGCAGCGCCCCUCUUGUGGCCCUUCCCUAAGUCUGGACCCCCACCCAGGCCCACGACCCCUCUGCCUGGGGCUAAUGUGAAGCUUCUCCCCUCCCCGUGCCCCCUCCUCUCCUUUGCACACGAGGCCCCGGGGCAGUGACUGUCCCCAGCCUCGCAGCCACUGUGCCUUACCCUGCGCUGGCUGCUCUGCGGCGAGCCCUCGUGCCCCCAGGUGUCUGCUCCCAGCCAGGGACGGGCAGGGGUCACCCGGGUCCCCCUGGAGCUCGCCAGCAUCUGGCCAGAGCUGCCACCGGGCAUCUGUGCCCAUUUUGGGGGCCGAGCACCGGCAGUAGCUGCACCCAAAGCACAGCUGGAAAUGCCCAGCGGGGUCUGUAUCACGUCCGAUUUGUACACGGGCUCCUCGCCCUUUUUUCUAUAGUCGAAACGGAACAAGCAAUAAAGUGACAUUAACAC